UUAUUUACAAACAUCACUGAGUUAAGACUACCGAGUCACCGAGUUAUAUUCUUAUAAACUUUAAAAAUACGCGACGAUCCGUUCGUGAAAAACAGGCAGCGAAUCUUGAAUCUCUUUUAUACUAUAUAAACAUGUCUGGUUGGUUAUUGUCAUGUUAGAAAAAAGAGAGAGCGAGAAAAAAAAAGAAUAAUGGAGUUGAACAUGGAUGUGGAUUUGGUUUAUGUACCAGAAACUGUAUCUGAGUUUUUGAAACAAGCUUCAAAGAUCAAAAAUGGGUUUCAAAGAUUAUGUAAGAUUAGUGAUUAUGUUAGAAGAUUGGAAGAUGAGAUGAAGAAAAUUGAUGCCUUCAAACGCGAGCUUCCUCUUUGCAUGCUUCUCUUGAAAGAUGUGAUUAAGAGAUUGAAGGAGGAAGAAAUGAUGUGUAAGGAGCUUGGUGAUGGAUCAGUGACCAUUGAUGAAGGAAAUGGAAAGGUAAACAAGGAAAACGAUGGCGGCGCCGGCGACAAGAGGAACUGGAGGAGUACUGUUCAACUGUGGAACUCUGAUUCCGACAACGUUGAUCAGAACAAGAAACCAAACAAAGUUCCAAGACUGAAACUGAGAAGUGAAGAAGAAGAAGAAGAAGAACAAGAUAUGUUUGAGGACCCAAUUGAAUUUUUUAAUAACAAAAGAUUCAAGGGACAAAUGGAUAAGGACAAUCUAGAGCUUUCUCUUAUGACCCCAAGUUUUGAUUUGGGUUCUUCCUCUCCUUCUCAUAAUCCAAUCUUGAAGAUCAAUGACAACUGCAAAACUGGUUUUGGUUCAGAUCAAAACCAAACUAAGUUUCAGACCAAACACCAACAAGAUAUGCAGAAUUGUAAGAAACAAAGACGGUGCUGGUCACCUGAGCUUCAUAAACGAUUUGUUGAAGCUCUUCAAAAGCUUGGUGGUUCAAAAGUGGCAACUCCUAAACAGAUUAGGGAAUUGAUGCAAGUUGAUGGUCUUACCAAUGAUGAAGUGAAAAGCCAUUUACAGAAAUAUAGACUUCAUUUCCGAAAGGUUGCUUCGGAUUCAUCGGCUCAAAAUCAGUGUAAUGAGAAGAUGAAAGCAAACAUUUCUGAGUCUGAUUCCCCACAGGGUCCACUCCGAGCCGGCGGUUGGACUAAAGGGCUGUCGAGCGGGGGCAGCGUCGUGGAGGGCGAAGACGAUGAGAAAUCCGAUGGGCGAAGUUGGAGAAGCGGGGUUACAAAGACUGGGGAGAUUGAGCAUUGAUGUGUAUAAACAGAUAACUUUUGUUUGUUCCCAUGAAUUUUGCUGAAACGUGGGGAAAUGGACCAUAAUAACAGUGACUUAGGGAGAUUUAUAAACAGAUUUUUGCAGAUAGCAUUCUCCAUGGAUUAAGUUCCUGGUCUGCUACAUGAAUUUGUGUAAAUUCAUGAUAUUGGAUUUUUAGAAACUAAAA